AUGUCUGCUGUUGCAACUUAUUUGAAAACUUUAACUGCCCGUCGUACCAUUUACGCCUUAAAACCGGAGUUACCUGGCGAAAUUACUAUCAAAGACAUCCAAUCCGUCGUACAAACCAUCAUUAAGGAAACACCCACCGCCUUCAAUUCCCAGCCAAAUCGCGCUAUUAUCUUGACUGGUGAAACUCACAAACAAGUUUGGGAUACAGUGACUAAAGCUAUAGAAAGUCCCGCCGGUCAAAAGAGACCUGCUUCAGCUAGAGAUGAGGCUUUUGGUUCCGUAAUCUUCUUCACCGACGACAAGGUUACUGAAAAGCUAAAGGCUGACUUCCCAGCUUACGCAGCUGCAUUCCCAAGUUUCGCGGACCAUACCUCUGGUGCUGCUCAAAUCAAUUCAUGGGUUGCUUUGGAAGCUAUGGGCUUGGGUGGUCAUUUACAGCACUACAAUGGUUACAUAAAAGCCGCUCUACCAAGCAAGAUCCCUGAAUCUUGGACCGUACAAGCCCAACUAGUCUUCGGUACCCCAGCUGCUCCCCCAGGUGAAAAGACCUACAUUAAGAACGAUGUUGAAAUAUUCAAUUAA